AUGAUCAUUGAGAAUAUCAUAGAAAAAUUUUUACUUGAAGCACCAACGGAGGCUAUUACCCCAACAACAUUAAUAUUUCAAGCAGUACAAGAACAAAGGUUAAAGUCGUAUAAUGAAUUAGAACCAGCGAUAAGGAGAGGAAUUAAUGCAUCCAUUGCAAAACUUGAUGGUCUUCAAUACGAUUCUCGUAUCAAAGCAAUUUACAAAGCCAGUUAUAAUGUAAGCUCCGUGACUCAAGCGGCCUUUUUUGCAUGUUGUCAGAAUAGAGUUAUUCUUGACGGCCAAAUAGAUCUUUUACGUUCUCGAGGUCGGAAUAGAAUUGCUCUUGAUGGCCAACUA